AUGCUGGGCAUUCCAUUCCUCGAUGAUGCCAUCACAAAAUGGUUUCGUCCCACAGCUUUUGAUGAUCCCGUCGAUCGACUCAAUUAUUUUGUCACCGCCACACUUUUGGCUUUCUUCGCGGUGAUGGUUUCGGCGAAACAAUAUGUUGGAGCUCCAAUCCAAUGUUGGAUGCCAAUGGAGUUCAAGGGUGGAUGGGAACAGUAUGCGGAAGAUUAUUGCUUCAUUCAAAAUACUUUCUUCAUUCCAUUCCAUGAAGAAAUUCCCACGGAUACUGAAACACGAGAAGAGGCUCAAAUCGGCUAUUACCAAUGGGUGCCCAUUAUGUUGGCUCUUCAAGCGAUCAUGUUCUAUUUGCCGAAUUGGAUUUGGAAGACUCUCCAUCAACAAAGUGGUAUUGACAUGCAAACAGCCGUUUCCGAUGCGCAAAAACUCCGCUCAAUCGGUCACUCUGACCGAAAAAGAGAACUCGCGAAAUUGAGCGACUACAUUGUAGAUUGUCUCGAGUUUAAACAAUCCUAUCGAUCACCAUUCAGAUUCAUGUGCUUCAACAUUGGAAAAGGUGGAGGCUCAUUCGUGGCGAUGCUGUACCUCUUUGUAAAAUUCCUUUACGUGUGCAAUAUCUUUGGCCAAUUCUAUCUCCUCAACACUUUCCUUGGAUCCGAUUAUCAUUUUUGGGGUUUCCAGACAUUCCUCGAUUUGAUGAGUGGUCGUGAAUGGUUGGAGAGUGGAGUGUUCCCUCGUGUCACUCUCUGUGACUUCAAGGUUCGUCGUCUCGCCAACGUGCAUCGAUACACAGUGCAAUGUGUUUUGAUGAUCAAUAUGUUCAACGAGAAGAUCUACUUGUUCUUGUGGUUCUGGUUCCUCUUCGUGAUGAUCUCAACGGUGAUCAAUUUCUUCUAUUGUUGUUUCCAGCUCAUUCCAUCAGGAUCACGAACAAACAGUUGUCGGAGAUGGUUGAGUGAUAGCAAGGAGGAUCAACCCGAUCAUUACAACCGAACUCGAAUCAUUGGAAGCUUUGCCCAGCGAGGACUCAAGCCUGAUGGAGUUUUAUUGAUGCGAUUCAUCGAGGGUCACGCUGGAGCGAUUGUGGCUCGAGAGCUCACUUCUCAACUCUUUUCUGAGUAUUUCAAUGAUGUACAAACGGGCAUCUCUGAUCAUUCAACAAAGACCACAUCCCCGGGCCUCGAUGAUGGACUUCGCGAACAACUUUAUCCACCCGGAAAGAUGGGUUUAUUGGAACCGGAUUUUGGAAAGCAACAAAUGGUC